UAUAAAGAUAAACAGGUGAAAACGUAAUUGAGAGGGGAUGAGAAGUCGAGCAAUACACCAUGCCGGUUCAAUUGCUGAUAAAGGACCGUAUAAACCCUAACCCACACUCCGACUCUCGUACAGAUUAUUCUUGGGGAGACCGCCGGACCAGAUAAAUAAUUUGCAAUCAGGUCCCUUCCAAGUAGUUGAUAGAUAAUGUUGAAGAGAGCCCUGCAUAAAAAUUUAGGAGUACCUCGUGAUAGGAAGAGGAGGAAAAGGGAAAGCAUCGCCGGCACGUUAGGUAUUGAUUUGUGUACAGAAGCAUCUGGAAUUGAAAGGAAAAGAAAGAGAGGAGAAUUAAGCAUGAUUGACAAGAAUGUUAAGCUGAAACAGACGAAAGGGACCGUAAAUUCGAAUGGUGUGGAGAUAAGAGUUGAGUGCGUGGAUUAUAUCUCGCACUUACCUGAAACUGUGAUCCAUCUCAUCUUGUCUCUCCUUCGUAGUACAAAAGAUGCUGCUCGAACCAGUACCUUGUCAAAGAGGUGGAGGGACUUGUGGACCUCUUUCUCUGUUUUGGCAUUCGAUCAGCGCAAGUUUCAAAAACCAGAGGGAGUUAAAGAUAAGAAGAAGUGCAAUGCGAUGUUUAAGGAGUUUGUUGACAAAUCUCUCCAGAGCCAUUUUGACCGCAAUUUGGGUAUAUAUAAGCUUGUGCUCCAUGUGAACUCGUUUGAUCAAGAUAUGGUUCAUCGUAUUGAAAAAUGGAUUGGACUUGCAGCUGAAAAUAAAACAAAAGAGAUUGGUUUCCAUGCUCACAAGAAAAUAUGCGGUCGCUACACGGUGCCUAGGAAUGUCUUUGCUUCGGAAACCAUAACUGGAUUAAGGCUAGAAGGCUGUAGAGUGGAUACUUCCAGUAAUAUAAAGCUUCCUAAUCUGCAAAAGCUGUAUCUGCGAAAAAUCCAUUUUGAUGAAUCAAUAAUUAUAAAUCUCAUUACCAGCUGCCCUCUAAUUAAUGAUUUGAGACUCAUACUUUGCUCGGGGUUAAAUAAUCUGCAGAUUUCAAGUCUCCUUAAACUUUAUAGGGUUGAAGUACACUACUGCCAUGGACUAGCGAUGAUUGAAAUCAAAGCUCCAAGUCUUGAAACAUUUUGGUUUUGUGGGAAGAAAUACAUGUCCUGCAAAAUUAAGUUGGCUGCAUGCGAGUCUCUUAAAAGACUGACAUUAGAGGACAGUAGAAUGACAGACAACCAGUUUCAUGAUCGGUUCUUUAGGUUUCCUCUCCUGGAGAAACUGGAUCUACAUAAAUGCCUCAACUUGAAAAAUAUAAGAAUUGCAAGCCAUCGGCUGAAAACGCUAGUAUUAAGAGGUUGCAAGAAACUAGCGGAUGUUGAAAUUGAUACUCCUAAUCUUCUUUCAUUUGAGUAUGAAGGUGAUGAAAUGCCCUUUUCUUUUCUGAAUCCUGUAAGUUUGAAGGAGGCCAAGCUUUCAUUUGCACCAGUAAGAAACUUCAUAUCUGAGCCUGAAUGGUUUCUUAAGAUGCGAGAAUUUCUUGGAAAGUUGGAUCAUAGAGCCUUUAAACUGGUUGUUUACACGAAUAAGAAUGUCAUCAUCCACGAAAAUAUUAGAGAAAUUUCGCUUCCUCCAAACUGUGGUCUCAAAUUUGAAUUAAUCCAAUCAUCAGUGGGUUCCGAAGAACUAUUAGAUAGUUCAUUGCAGAAACGGCAGCUGGAGACCCUAUCUAUAGUGUCGUCUUCCAGCAGUGAAUUCCUCAAGUUGGUACGUGAGAAGAUUACUAGAAAGGAGGAUCCAACCUGCUGCACAAGUAUGAAUUCAACGAAUAAGUGUUGGAGACACUUCUUAAAGGACGCCAGGAUGGUGAACUUGAAAGCGGCCAAACACGUGGCUCCAUGGAUGGCUUGGUUGAAGUCACAUCCAAGGGUUAAUGAGAUCACUUGUUUUAGAUUGAAAUGGAAAUCUGACAAAGAUGGUAAGGAGGUGUCCCGCUAAGGUUUAUAUUUAACUUUUCAAAUUUCAAAACUUAGAUUUCCGCUUUAAGUUUACUUUUAUGUGACAAUGAAUUGAUUCAUUUUGGAAUCCAAUCUGAAGAUUAUUGUUCUGGGGAGAUGAUAUGAGUACGGUCAUCCUUUAAAGUUUUUCAUUUAGUUUUAGUACUUUUUGAGCUAUCUUCCCAUAAAUAGAGGUGGAGAUUUCCAAAACUACAAAAGCACACUUGCAACUCUGGUUAUGUUAGUGUUGAAUAUUUGGAGUGUUUUAUUA